UUAUGUCUAAGCAAACUUUCAGUACUCUGUUUUAUUUAGCAGGGGAGAAUGGCGACCAAGCUACUGCUGUUGGCGUGUAUUUGGAUCGGCUGUGUAACCUUGGUAAAAGGACAAAUAGGAGCACCGACUGCAGGGCCGUUCAAUUUCGAUAUCACGACAGCUUUCGCGUCCGUUAUCGGUGCACUGGUGGCACAAAAUCAAAUUGACACCGACAUCAAUACACUCCAGUCCCCACCGACCAGGACCUCUACAUUAGCAAAUGAAGCCAACGGCUGUCCAGCCAACUGGCACUUGUACAAUGGCUUCUGUUAUGUAGUGACCACCUUCGCCAAGGAAUUAUUUGACUACAAGG